CUUUGAUUAAAUAUUUUGGUGUUAUCUAUAUAAAUGUAUCCAAAUCACUAUGAUCUAUUUGCACUGUUGAUUUUGUGCUACUUUCCACCAGGUAUUUUGUUGUCGUGCAAUAGAUAUAGCUGCAGAGUUUUCUUGAUAAAGAAGGAAAGAAAUUAAAGUACCUUGCUAAGUUCAAGGAUAGAUAUUCAAGAGGUGUAGUGAUUUCUGCUUUUGUGGGAUGAAGUAUUUUCUGAAGGGCUGUAAAUGUGAACUUGUUCUAUGCUUUCUGUUCUGCUGCUGUUUUCUAUUGUCUGCAAGUCAGAGAACUGACCCUACUGAAGUUGACACAUUGAGAACCAUAAGGGACAAUUUGAUUGAUAUUAAUGGAAAUUUGAGCAGCUGGAGUCGCGGAGACCCAUGUAAUUCCAAGUGGACGGGAGUUCUGUGCUUGAAUACAACAUUAGAAGAUGGCUUUCUACAUGUUCAACGAUUGCAUCUAAUGAAUAUGAGCUUGGCUGGAACUUUGGUACCUGAGAUUGGAAACUUAUCUCAUCUGGAAAUAUUGGACUUUAUGUGGAACAACAUAACUGGGAAUAUUCCAAAGGAAAUCGGCAAGAUCAAAACUUUAAAACUCUUGCUCUUGAAUGGAAAUCAAUUAAUAGGUCAUUUGCCAGAAGAGCUUGGCUAUCUUCCAGUCUUGAACAGAAUGCAAAUUGAUCAGAACAAUAUUACAGGACCAAUACCUUUAUCAUUUGCAAACCUGACAAAUGCACAACACUUUCACAUGAACAACAAUUCACUUAGUGGACAAAUUCCAUCGCAGCUUUCUGGCUUACGAAAUCUUCUUCACCUUCUUCUUGACAACAACAAUUUAUCAGGAAAGCUCCCAGAUGAGCUUGCUGAGAUGCCAAGCCUAAAGAUACUUCAACUUGAUAACAACAACUUUGGUGGAAAUAGCAUUCCAGAUUCUUAUGGCAACAUGUCAAAAUUAUUGAAAUUGAGCCUUAGGAACUGCAAUUUGACAGGACCAAUUCCUGAUUUCAGCAGGAUACCACACCUUGGUUAUCUUGACCUCAGUCUCAAUCAAUUCAAUGAACCUAUUCCUACUAAUAAGCUAUCUGAAAAUAUCACAACUAUUGAUUUAUCAAAUAAUAAGCUUAAUGGAACUAUUCCAUCUUACUUUUCUGAUCUUCCACAUCUUCAGAAAUUGUCAAUUGCAAACAACGCACUGAGUGGCAAUGUUCCCUCUUCCAUUUGGCAGAACAAAACUUUAAAUGGAACAGAAAGACUUCUUUUGGACAUGCAAAAUAAUCAGCUUACAAGCAUAUCAGGCAGUAUAUCAAAUCUUCCAUCAAAUGUCACACUCCUGCUUCAGGGGAAUCCUAUAUGCUCAAAUAACAACUCCUUAGUUCAAUUUUGUGGAUCUAAAAGUGAAAACGAUAUGAAUGGUAACUCCAUUGUAAGCUGUCCAAGUCAACCAUGCCCUCCUCCUUAUGAAUAUUCUGCGCAGUGUGUCUGUGCCGUGCCAUUGCUUAUUCAUUAUCGGUUGAAGAGUCCAGGAUUUUCAGAUUUCCUUACAUAUGUGGAGGCAUUUGUAAGCUUCUUAGCAAGUGGACUUAACAUACAUAGUAAUCAGCUAUUCAUUAAUAAUUUCAUGUGGGAAGAAGGUCGAUUGAGAAUGUACUUGAAGCUUUUUCCUGAAUAUGUUGAUAAUACAAGCUCUCAUACUUUCAAUGAAAGCGAGGUUAUUCGGCUAAGAGACUUGUUCAGAGAAUGGGAUAUCCAUGAGAGUGACUUGUUUGGACCUUAUGAACUUCUAGACUUCGUUCUCCUCGAUCCUUACGAAGAUGCGACUUCCUCCUCUUCAAGUUCAGGAAUAAGCAAAGGUGCAUUGGCUGGAAUUGUCUUAGGUGCAAUUGCCGGUUCAGUUACAUUAUCUGCAAUUGUUGCCAUUCUUAUAUUGAAAAUACGCUUGAAAGAUUACCGUACAAUUUCCAGACGACGUAAAUCUUCUAAGGUCUCGAUAAAAAUUGAUGGUGUAAGGUCAUUCAAUUAUGAAGAAAUGGUGUUGGCUACAAACGAUUUUAGUCAAUCUGCUGAAAUUGGACAAGGAGGGUAUGGGAAGGUUUAUAAAGGUAAUCUUCAUGAUGGAACUGUCGUUGCCAUAAAACGUGCACAAGAAGGUUCACUGCAAGGUGAGAGGGAGUUUCUUACAGAAAUUCAACUGCUAUCAAGGUUACAUCAUCGCAAUCUUGUCUCUUUGAUUGGUUACUGUGAUGAAGAUGGUGAACAGAUGCUGGUUUAUGAAUACAUGCCAAAUGGAACACUAAGGGAUCACAUUUCUGCUAAAUCUAAAGAACCGCUUAGUUUUGCCAUGAGAUUGAAGAUUGCUCUAGGGUCAGCUAAAGGUCUUGUCUAUCUACACACAGAAGCUGAUCCUCCAAUAUUCCACAGAGAUGUCAAAGCUAGCAACAUAUUAUUAGACUCAAAAUUCAUAGCAAAAGUUGCUGAUUUUGGACUUUCAAGACUAGCUCCAGUUCCAGAUAUUGAAGGCAACUUGCCUGGCCAUGUAUCUACAGUUGUAAAAGGGACCCCGGGUUACCUUGAUCCAGAGUAUUUCUUAACUCACAAGUUAACUGACAAGAGUGAUGUUUAUAGUCUUGGUGUUGUAUUUCUUGAGCUUGUGACCGGAAAGCCACCAAUCUUCCAUGGUGAAAAUAUUAUUAGACAGGUUAAACUGGCAUUCGAAUCGGGUGGAGUAUUUUCGAUUGUUGAUAACCGAAUGGGAUUUUACACUUCUGAGUGUGUGGAAAAGCUUUUGAAAUUGGGUUUAAAGUGCUGCAAAGAUUCACCAGAUGAAAGGCCUAAAAUGGCAGAAGUGGCUAGAGAGCUUGAAAUCAUAUUGACUAUGAUGCCUGAGUACCAUGCCAAAAAGGGAGCUGAUUAUGACUUAAGUGAUUCUGGAACCACAUUUAGUUCACAACCCUCAUCAUCUAAUAUAAAGACUCCUUUUAUAGUUUCAGGAGAUAUUUUGGGUAGUGACCUUGUUAGUGGUGACAUACCUACCAUUAGACCAAGAUAGAUUUUGAAAAAGAAUAUUGUUUUUGUAAAUAUGGUUUUGAUAGUAUGAGAAUUAUAUUGGCUUGUAAAUUGAAUAGUGAAGCUAAUUUUCAUUUUUCCUUAUACUCAACUCUUUUAAUACUACCUUGUUGUAAGAUAAAAUUACGGAGAAAUCGUUUGUAAUUA